UCGACGCGAGUCACGUAACGACCCGCAACUGCUGCAGAUUCGCGCAGAGAAUCAACAGAUGCAGAGAAAAUAGAAAGUUUAAGAGAGAGGUUACUUUAGCGAAUGAAACUGUGAAACCAAAUCCUUAACAAGCUAUUUUUGGUGGAAGAAGUAUAGCAAUUUCGAUGAAGAAAAAGAGCAAGAGGUUGCUUUCUUGGGGGCAAGUUUGGCCAGAUCCUGAAGAAAGAGAUAUGGAAGAUCGCGGUGAUGAAGAGAUUGAGAAAUUUUCCAAAGAUGAUAGAAGCUAUUUCAGUCUUACAGGUGAAAUUCUCCCUUCUCUUGGUAAGAACGCUGUCUCUAAUCGCCGAAUUGAGCUCCGUCGCUUUAUCAUCUCCCCCUUCGAUCCUCGUUACAGAACAUGGGACACUUUCCUGGUGUUUCUAGUUUUCUACACGGCUUGGGCGUCUCCUUUUGAAUUUGGAUUCCUUGAGAGGCCAACCCGUGCUCUUGCUGUAACUGAUAAUGUUGUUAAUGCAUUUUUCACUGUCGACAUUGUUUUAACCUUCUUUGUGGCAUACGUCGAUAAAUCUACUUAUAAUCUCGUUGUCAAUCGGAAGAAGAUUGCUUUAAAGUACGCAAAAACCUGGUUGGCCUUUGAUGUCAUCUCUACCAUUCCUUCUGAACUUGUGAGGUCUAUAUUGCCUAGUAAACUUCAAUCAUAUGGAUAUUUUAGCAUGCUUCGCCUUUGGCGUCUCAGGAGAGUUAGUCUCUUCUUUGCAAGAUUGGAAAAAGAUAAGAACUAUAGCUACUUUUGGGUUCGGUGCUUGAAGCUCAUUUGUGUUACCCUUUUUGUAGUUAACAUUGCUGGCUGCUUUUACUAUCGGCUUGCUUUCACUUAUCAUGACCAGGCAAAUACAUGGAUCGGGUCCGUGUGGGAACACUAUCAGACCCAGAGCAUGUGGGUCCGUUAUGUGACAUCACUUUACUGGUCAAUAACCACACUCACUACUACUGGCUAUGGUGAUCUGCAUGCAGUAAAUGAAAGAGAAAUGAUAUUUGUAAUGUGCUACAUGAUGUUUGAUCUUGGAUUGACAGCAUAUUUGAUUGGAAAUAUGACCAACUUGGUAGUCCAUGCAACUAGUCGAACCAGGCAAUUUAGAGAUACUAUCCAAGCUGCAUCAAAUUUCGCACAAAGGAACCAACUGCCUGUUCGCCUGCAAGAUCAGAUGGUUGCUCAUUUGAGCUUGAAGUACAGAACUAAUUCAGAGGGUUUGCAUCAGCAAGAGACCAUUGAUUCCCUUCCAAAGGCCAUUCGAUCAAGUAUUGCUAACUAUCUCUUCUAUAACUUGGUAAAUGAGGUCUACUUGUUUCGUGGGGUAUCAAAUGACUUACUUUUCCAACUGGUUGCAGAGAUGAAGCCAGAAUACUUUCCUCCUAAAGAAGAUGUGAUUUUGCAGAAUGAAGCACCCACAGACAUGUAUAUUCUGAUCACUGGUGCUGUGGAACUUGUCGUGAAAACAGGAGGAGUUGAGAAGACUGUUGGAGAGGCAAGAGCAGGAGAUGUUGUUGGUGAGAUUGGUUUGCUUUGUUACAAACCACAAAUGUUCACAGCUCGGACAAAACGAUUGAGUCAGCUGCUGCGCAUGAACCGUACUGCAUUUUUAAAUAUUGUACAGUCAAGUGUUGGAGAUGGGACAAUAAUUAUGAACAAUCUUCUUCAGCAUUUGAAAGAGUUGGACAAUCCAGUGAUGCAAGCAAUUCUGGCAGAAACGGAGCGCAUGAUGGCUCGUGGGAGUCUGGACCUUCCUCUCACUUUGUGCUUUGCAGCUAUGAGAGGUGAUGAUCUCUUGUUGCAUCAGUUACUUAAACGGGGUGCAGAUCCAAAUGAAUUAGAUGAGAAUGGGAGAACUGCAAUGCAUAUUGCAGCUUCAAAUGGGAGUGAGCAUUGCGUAAUCCUCCUAUUGGAGUAUGGAGCUGAUCCUAACAAAAAAGAUUCAGAAGGCAAUGUUGCCCUUUGGGACGCAUUACUGGGGAAGCAUGAAUCCGUCAUCAAACUUCUUGUAGAAAAUGGUGCAACCAUGUCUUCUGGAGAUGUGGGUCAGUUUGCAUUGACAGCCAUUGAGCAAAAUAACUUGGAUUUGCUCAAGGAUAUUGUUAAUUAUGGUGGAAAUGUGACGCUGCCCACAAGCAAUGGAACUAUAGCACUCCAUACAGCAAUAUCCGAAGGAAACACUGAAAUAGUUAAGUUCCUUUUGGACCAAGGAUCUGAUGUUGAUAUGCCGGAUGUUCAUGGAUGGACAGCGAGGGGUUUGGCAGAUCAUCAGGGUCAUGAAGAAAUUCAAGCUUUGGUCCAAACAAUGCAAAAGAAGGAGAAAAAAACAGUUCACACAGUUCGAAUAAAGCAGCAGGGGAAGCUGUGUCUUGAGAAGCCUAUUGCAAGGUAUAGUAGUGAACCUGCAAUUCCUCCAUGUUCAAAACAGGAUGUUCUGCCACAAACCCCUACAAUGUUAUUGCCGGAAACUCGUCAGAGGAGAAGGGCCGACACUUACCAGAAUUCGCUUUUGGGAAUCAUGUCAGCUGCUAAUACUGGUGAGAGUGAAAUAAUUACAUCUCCAACUGGGACUGCUGGUAUUACAAGUUUUAGCAAUCAAGCAAGAGUGACCAUUAGUUGCCCAGAAAAAGGUGAAGUUAAUGGAAAGCUUAUUCUGUUGCCAAAGUCACUUGAAGAACUGCUUGAUAUUGGUGCCAAAAAAUUUGGAAUCAUCCCCACCAGAAUUCUAACGAAAGAAGGGGCCGAAAUCGAGGAAUUAGAGCUCAUUAGAGAUGGUGAUCAUCUUGUCCUUGUUAGCAAUGCGGACACCAGAACGUAAAGAUGCAAUUAUGGGUGACCACGCAAUUGAAGAUUGGGAUCAUCACACAAAAAUCAUAUAUAUCAGCUCCUGAACCCAAAAAAAAAAAAAGAAAAAAAGAAAAAUCCAAGUUUUGCCACAUGUCCUUGGAGUUCUAAACUUGUUCUCUCUUUUCCUUUCAUAUUUUAUCAGAGUUUAUUGUUGUAUAAAAUUUGAGGAAAGGGUAUAGAGAGAGAAUAGAACAAUUGUGAGAUGCAAUUUAG